CUGUGGAGUUUGCAGCUUCCGGUUCCGGAGAGUGAGCUGCUGCUGCUGCUGCUGGUCGAUACGAAUCGCUGGGAGCGGGGGACAGGCGGGAUCCUGCUGCCGGGGAGCGGUGGUGUGACGGCUGACCCUGAGGCUCCAUAGCCGCUGCUGAGAUAUUCCUAUAGCCGGCUGCAGCGACGUCAGCGGGACACCAUGGUGUUCUACUUCACCAGCAACGUCGUCUCCCUGCCGUACACUCUAUACAUGGGAAAGGACAAGUAUGAGAAUGAAGAUCUUAUAAAGUACGGCUGGCCGGAAGAUAUAUGGUUUCACGUGGAUAAACACUCCUCUGCUCACGUUUACCUCCGACUACAAAAGGGUCAGACGAUAGAAGAUAUACCGAAAGAUGUUCUAGCAGAUUGUGCACAGCUAGUAAAGGCCAACAGUAUCCAAGGCUGUAAAAUGAGCAGUAUCAAUGUUGUGUACACACCGUGGGGCAAUUUAAGGAAAACCGGAGACAUGGACGUUGGCCAGAUCGGGUUUCACCGGCAAAAAGACGUGAAAAGUAUGACCGUUGAGAAAGCAAACGAGAUCAUAAAUCGUCUGGAGAAGACGAGGACGGAGCGUUACCCGGACCUUGCUGCAGAGAAGGAAUCCCGAGAGCGGGAAGAGAGGAACGAGAAGAAAGUUCAAAUCCAGGAGCUGAAGAAGAAAGAGAAGGAAGAGGUGAAGAAGAAGAAAGAGGCGGAUGAGCUCCGAAAUUACACGUCAUUGAUGAAAGCUGAGAAAAUGUCCUCAAAUCAGGAUGGCAAUGAAUCGGAUGACUUCAUGUAACAUGGGCGGACAGCCCAACUUGUUAAGAGUUGAACUAUGUUAAAAUGAUCCUGGGGAUUUAUCAAUGCCAAAAUAAGAGACUUGUUUGUUAACCCUUCAUCCAGCGCUCACUUGCUGCUCCAGUCAGACACAUCUGCCAUGAGUUCCUCUGCCUACACCUCGUGGAGGACAUGCAAAGUGCUCCCAACGCCACGAGAAGAUCGUUUAGGAGCUGGAAAUGGCAUCAGCCGCAGUUUGUGGUGCGCUGUCAGUAAUACGACAUCAUGCAAGGACCAUGUGACAAUGACAAACCUGACUAUGCCUGGAGUGGCCGCUGCUAGUGUCUGCGGCCUGUGCAUCCUAUGCAAACGGCUUUGCUGGAGUGAAUGUUUUAAACUUUUAAUUCCUGUUCUCAACAUCUCAGACCAUUUCGAUAUCUUUUAUUUUUUCCUUUGAUAUCUCUGAUCUCUGUACGCACGUUCAGUUUUGAGUCUUAGCCUUGAAAUAUUGCCGGGACGCGCUGAAAGCAAAUUCCGUCUACUAGCUUAUGUCACGAUUGGGUCCGUUCAGUAAGCAAGUUUGAGAAAUAAAGUAUAAGCCAUAGAA